ACUGGGGGGCGGCGGAGUUCCCUAAGAAGACCCCAAGCGAAAAAGAACAGGAGUUUUAAAGCCCUUCUUGCGCUCCUGACUGCCAGAUUGACUAGACCCUUGGUUUCGACCAGUGUGACUGCAGACGCUUGCAUACUUCAGCAGGACAGCGUUUCUGAUACAAAACGCAAGAGCCAAAGCUUGGGCUCUUUAUAAGUACUGAGCUUGCUCGAGGGGUAGCAAUUUACUACUGAGAAGCUUAUUUGUUUCUUUCCCCUCUGAAUGAGCAAUGUUAUGAGAUCCUGAUGCUCUGUUUUUUCUGCACCACGCAGCUUUCUUGGGCUGCAUCCUUCUCCAAGAUGAUAGGUCACUCUUUUUGCUCAAUGUAAUAUCCCGAGGUCAUCCGGGGAAUAUAAUAGGAUGGAUUUUCAGCAGCUAAACGAAACUUCAUCCACACUACUGGAGUUUAUCAAAACCCAAAUGAAUGCCUCUGAACAUGCAAUAAACGCAUCAAUGGACGUUAACAACGCCACCUGUUGCAAUGCGCCUGCCAUCUCGCCUCCCCGAGCACGACAGAAAGAGAUGGACUCGGUGCGCAUCCUGCUCUACACUCUCAUCUUCCUGCUCAGCGUGUUGGGGAACCUGCUCAUCAUCGCCGUGCUGACGCUGAACAAGCGCAUGCGCACCGUCACCAACUCCUUCCUGCUCUCGCUGGCCGUCAGCGACCUCAUGCUGGCCGUCUUCUGCAUGCCCUUCACCCUCAUCCCAAACCUGCUCCAGGACUUCAUCUUCGGCGCCGCCAUGUGCAAGAUCGUCACCUACUUCAUGGGCAUCUCAGUCAGCAUCUCUACCUUCAGCCUGGUCGCCAUUGCGAUCGAGAGAUACAGUGCCAUCUGCAACCCGCUGAAGUCGCGCUCCUGGCAGACCCGCUCCCAUGCCUAUAAGGUCAUUGCGGCAACCUGGGUUGUGUCCGUGAUCAUCAUGGUCCCGUACCCAGUGUUCAGUCGGCUGGUGCCAAUCAACAAAGCAAACAACAUCACGGGACACAUGUGCCGACUGGACUGGCCCCGAGGGCCUGUGGAGCAGACAUGGUACAUCCUGCUGCUGCUGGUUCUGUUCCUGAUUCCAGGUGUGGUGAUGAUCGUUGCGUAUGGCCUCAUCUCGAGGGAGCUCUACCGCGGCAUCCAGUUUGAGCUGGACCAGAAGAAGGAGGCCUCUGGGGCGAAAAACGGCGUUGUGUCUCCGAGCGGCGGCAGUGACGAAUGCGACGGCUGCUACAUCCAGGUGCCCAAGAAGGGUGCGGCGGGCUCCUCCUCAAUGAAGCUCUCGGCCCUGCCGGCGCCGGCGGCCCGCUCCGAGCGUCCGCGCUCCAACACCUCAGAGGCCAAGCUGCUGGCCAAGAAGCGCGUCAUCCGCAUGCUGCUGGUCAUCGUGGCCAUGUUCUUCAUCUGCUGGAUGCCGCUGUACUCGGCCAACACGUGGAAGGCGUUCGACCCGCCCUCGGCUCACCGUGCUCUCUCCGGCGCGCCCAUCUCCCUCAUCCACCUGCUCUCCUACACCUCGGCCUGCGUCAACCCCAUCAUCUACUGCUUCAUGAACAAGCGCUUCCGCAAGGCGCUGCUCAGCACCUGCGCCGGGUGGUGCCUGUGCCGACGCGCGCUGCCCUGCCGACGCGCCGCCAACAGGAAGGGCCGGGGGCGAGACGGGGCCGAUGACGAUGUCACUGCCAUGACAACGGGCGUGUCCAAGAUUAGCUACAUGUCCGUCAGCACAGUUGUUCCACCCUGAGGUGGAUGGGGCAGGCAGAUAAACAAAUAAAACCACCCCACCUCGGGUUUGCCCCCGUUGACUACUCAAGGGUGGUUUGUUUGUUUAUUUGUUUGUUUGUUUAUAUGUUUGGCUAUCACUGCAUCUUCUAGUCAGCGCUCCUCCUGUCAGGCUUCUGUUAAAAUGAUUGCCUGUGGUUUUGGCUGUGUUUUCUUCAAUGUGUUUGUAAAAGAAUGUGUUUAAUGUUUGUUGAUUAAUGUUACGAACGGUCCUCUUUGGGAUCUUCUCUGUGUAUUUUUGCUGCUAGUGCUCUUGUGUUUUGUUAUGACGAUCCAACCGGAGGAGAGUUGGCUUUUGGUCAUCUCCCCGUCUCCGGUGUUCAGUUUUUCUGGUUUUAAUGUUGUGAUCACUUCGCCAAAACUAACAGCUACAUGACAAAUAAUAUAGAAAAAUUUUGUGGAUUAUUGUGCACUUUUCAGUUUAUUUCUGAAAUAGCCAUGUUUAAUCCAUCAAGUAACAAAAAAAAAAUUAUUCUGACACGUCAUCAAGAACAUAUUUCCAUUAAUACAGGUUUUCAAUCCCUAUGUGUAUACUCUUACAUAUUAAGCUGUGUAAGUCUUAACGGUUUCACUACUUCGUGACCAUUUUGCAUGGAGAAGCUUAACCGACCACACAGAGGAUGUCUGGAAGUCACGCACACUCUCCCUGUGAUAUGGCUACAGAUGGUGCUGCUGGCGAGGGCGGUGCUGUUGUUUCAUUCGUUCUGAUUUCAUUUGUCCUGCUUCUGUGGUUUCGGUGAAGGUUCACAAGAUUUCCGCAUAGCUAAUGUCAAUGUGCACAGUCCCUUUGGAAACACUGCACAGCAGGAGACUGGACUGGACUUUUUUUUCUUUACCAUAUGUGACACGCAUCACAGAAUUUAAUUUCAUUUUGUUAUCAGAUGUUCCUGCUCCUGCCGAUCUAUCGGCUGUUCUUUUUCACUUUGUUCUCUGUCUGAUCAGUCAUCUACCUCUGCUUCAGCCUUAAGUAUAUUCCCUCUCUCUCGUAAUGACCUGCACAUCAGUAGCUGCUUUGCUAUUCAAGCUCAUUUUCUUAGCCUCAGAGAGAUCCAUGUUAAAGGUGCUUUAAUGGUAUGUGUUAUAUCAAGUAUAUUAGUGUAAAAAGGACUUCAAGAUCUUGACAAAAUACUCUAACUCUCCAUCUCUGGAACUGAUGACAGCAGCAGACACAGUCAAUAAGGCCACUUCACACUGGGCAUUUGUCCAACAUUUCAGUUUCAUAAAAUUAACGUCUCUCCAACAUCACAGUGCAUUCUGCUGGCUUCUGUGGUGUAACAGAAUAGCGGUGAAUGAAUCAGGUGUAAAAUGAAGUGGCAACCAGAGCAGAAGUGAGAGGACAGAUGUGAAUUGAUAGUGUUUUGUUGUCGUAGGAGUUAUGCUUUUGGCGAUCGUAGAUGGAGCCAGCAAAAGUAUAGUGUUAGCUACAUCACAAGAUGGAUGGCUAUAAUCUGUUAGCUGAACAGUCAUGCAGUUUUAAUGGGGUAUUGCUGCUGGUGGUUCCUGUGCUGUGUACACCGCUGAUGUGUGUUGUGGAGAGAAACGGUAGCCCCAAACACACAGCUGUCAGAUACACAGAUACUAUUAGGAUUCCCACCCCCACCUAUAAGUCAACAUUCCCCUGAGGCCCGUAAACUGUGAAUGU